AUGCUAGACUCUUUCUCCUCAUCGCCCACAGCAGCAGCAGUCUUGCGCCGAAACCAAUCUACCCUGUCCGAUAAUGCGCGCGAUAAUCCCGAGCUAUCUCAUGACGAGCGCCCUUUUAGAAGCGACUUUUCCAUGACCGAAAAUGAAUCACAACUCACUACUUCGAAGCUUCAAAACACCUCCCGCAGCUUAUCUCCCGGCGCCGGCGCAUCAAGGUUAUUCGGUGAUCAGAGCGGCAGUGCCGCCAGUAGCCAAAGACCUAGCAGACCUAAGUACCUGACUAGCCGCCAGUCAUCACAUCGUCUCUCCCGCUCCUCGAUCGCCAGCAACAAUACCGAAACUACGAAUAGCGAUGCCACCCUAGGCGCGGAUUAUGCGCUUCAAACUGGCGGUGCAACGUCCGACACCUACGGCAGUCUUCAUGCUGGAAGUCGUGUACACAUGACAAGAGCAACCAGUCUUGGAAGCAUGGCAUCGGGGGUUUCUGGAUACAGCGAUGAGAAUUUAGUGGACAAAAGAAAUGCGCCCGGUCCAGAAAGCAAUCUGCAUACCCUGGAAGAGGAAAGCUCGCCCAAAUCUCGCGAUGAUUCAGCCGAACAAGAUGACGUUUCGGCACCGGUCACCCCAAAGGCGAAGCCACAAGAUAGCAGUGUCCCCACUGAUACCACAAUUGCCGAGCGCGUUAAAGGUAUCCAGAUUCCAACCACCUUUGCGCAACGGUUCCGCGAAGACUUCCAGCCAUCUCCGGAGAAGCGCGUGGGAGCAUCAACUCCUUUUGCGAAGAGCGGCCGAAAUUUGACUCUCAAGGAACAGAGCAGCACUAUUGAUCGCUUGGCAAAGGAAAACUUUGACCUGAAAAUGCGAAUUCAUUUUCUCAACGAGGCAUUGAACAAGCGUUCUGAGGAAGGUAUUAAAGAAAUGAUCUCUGAAAAUGUUGAACUCAAAUCAGACAAAGUCAAGCUCUCCAAAGACAACCAGAGUCUCAAACGCAAAAUUCGGGAUUUGGAGAAGCAAGUGAAAGACCAUCAAUCGGACAAGGAUUCCAUGGUCAACCAUGAUCCCGAGGCAUCGGAGGAUGGCGACCGUGAAUCGGCGCAAGACGAAGAGAUCAUCUUCUUACGCGAACGGAUUGAAACGUAUGAGCUCGAGAUUGAGCGCAUGAGGUCCGAAACCAUAGCGCGGGAGAGUGAAAAGCGGCGAUUGGCCGAGAUGGUCAAGUCGUUAAGUGAUAACCGUGCGGGAGAGUCUGAGGCAGGCGCGCGGGAGGAGCGAGACAUGUGGAAAGAUAUGCUCGAUGCCGAGACAUCGGCGCGUGAGCAAGCCGAGGAAGAAAAUCGGAAACUCCGAGAUGAGUCAAUCCGUCUGCGGAGUGAGAUGUAUAAGUCAGACCACAGCUCUGAUCGCGGCGCCUCCAGCACUCUUGUUGUAGAGCUGGGCCUUCUCAAGCAAGAGAAUGCAGAACUAAGAAAAGAAGUCAGUGCUCAGACCUCCAUGCUCACAUCUCGCAACCGGGAGAAAGAACGUCUCUACCAAGAAAUCGAAGAGUUGAAGCUUGGGGAGCGACGCAAUCCGCGAUCGCUAGCUGGAGAUAGCAUAUUUGACCGCUCCGCCUCUCGCGCGCAUAUUCGACCAUCGUCCCAGGCCAGCGACGGGGCUGUAUCACGCAGCGAUAUGGAUCGUGAUGAAUUAGAGGCGAAAAAUGGACAACUCCGGGACCUCGUAUCGACUCUCAAGCUUGAUAACCAAGCUAUCCGAGCCCAGCUUGAGGAAUAUAUGGCCGAACUUGAAGCACUUGACAACGCGUAUCAAGCUGACGUGGAUCAAGCCGAGGCAGAAAUUCUCGGAGCACAGCAAGAACGGGACCAGGCCUUGCAUAUGGCCGACGAACGAGAUGCCGCUUUCCAGGACUUGCGAGCCGAGGCACAGGAGGAGCUGGAUACACUUGGCGACGAGCUCGAUCAGAAGAUCGUAGAGUGCCAGCGCCUAAACGAGGAGUUGAGAAACCAGGACGAAAGUUUCAAGGUUCUAGAAGCCGAAAUGAGAUCCGCCAGCGAAGGUAUCAUUCGCCUCGAGGAAGAUGCACAGAACAACCUGUCUGCAUAUAGAUCCGUUCAGCAAGAGCUGGAUGAGGCCAAUCGCGAGAUGGAAUCUAUGGAAAAGAGUCUGUUCGAAGCCAACACCAAGGUUCAACGUUUGACCGUUCAAAUUGAGUCGAGCCAGAAUGAAAUUGCAUUCCUUCGCGAAGAGCAAGAUGGCGAUAAGAUCCGCAUCGGAGACCUAGAAUCUGAUCUCAAAAACUAUCACAUGAGUUUAGUCACCGAGAAAGAAAAAACCAGAGAGCUCGAACAACGGUUGGCGGAUGAGCGACACCAGCGUGAGGUGGUUGGAAGUAAAGAGAAGCAGGAUGUUCAGCGCAUCAUGAACGAAUUGAACCGCGAAGCCUCGGCUUCCAAAGAAGAAGUCCGACGACUCAAGAAAAGUCUUUCAGCUCAGGAAAUCGAGACUUCCACCUGGCGAGAACGACUCAUGGAUCUUGAGAACAACCUUAGAGAAACUCUGGGCGAUCUCAGCGGCAGUCGGUCCAGUUUGAUUACAAAUAUCAUGAAGCUGCAAAAGGAGCUCGAGUCGACUGCACUUGAAUUGGAGAGCAUCCGCUCGCAGCUAGACGAGAAGGAGACGCUACUUCGUAAUCGUGAUUCUCUGCUAGAAAGCCAUGGUCUCGAGUCACGCAAACUUUCAGAGCUUUUGGACCGUGAACGACAUGCGCGCCGGGCCGACAAACAGUCGUUUGAGUCGUCGCUCAAAUCUCAUCAGCAGGCAUCUCGAACAAUCACGCAGAGUAAUUCCCGCAUCACGGAGCUGGAGAAGGCGCGUACCGAGGACCGCAAGCGAUAUGCAUCGUUAGAACAGCAGUUCAAAGACCAGCUGAAUGAGCGCAACGUCGUUUUCCUUACCAUUUGGAAGAAACUAUCGGGUCUUUGUGGACCAGACUGGGCACACUCGAACAGUUUGAUCAACGGUAAUCUUCCAAGCCAAGAGGUCAUUGGUAAUAUUUUGUUCUGGCCAGGCUUCAGUCGCAAUCUGAUACUUGCAAUGAAGACUGUCGAGGCCGUUAUGACAGGAUUCAAAACUCGUAUUAAGAGUGUUGACCACGAGUUGACCAAGCGUUACCAUACACUUGAACUCUCGUAUAACGGACGGAUCAAGAAACUAGAGCGCAUCGAGGAGGCUGUAAAGAAUAUGCGAUCUGACCGUGGACAAUCGGUCUCAUCGCCAGAAAUAUCUAAAUUGCGUGGCGAGAACCGGCUUCUGAAGGCUGAACUCAACUUGCUUCAAUCCAACUCGCGCGGACAUGGUCCUGCAGCUGCAGCCGCGGCGUCAGCCAUAUCAUCGGGGCCUCGAUCUCCUUCUUUGGCAUCAGCAGCGGAAUCAGAACGAUCCCAGGCACGUCCUGGCUCUUCGACCAGCGCAGAAAGAUCCCGUGCAGAGAAAGCCCACCCUCGCGGUACCACUGGACUCCCAGUACCCUCUCAUUCUUCGACGAGCACGUUGACUAACAAUGCUGGAGCGAUGGUACCACGCACACGCAGUUCGCACAGUGGCUUUGACAGCCAAGAUGAGAAAUGGAUCCAUCGGCUGCACGAGUUGGAGAGACGAUUGAAAUCCGAGCGUGAGGGCCGCCUUCUCGACCGCAGUGGUGCUCGCAAGAGACUUGAGGAGCGCGAUGCUGAAAACCAGAGGCUUCGAGACCAGCUCAGUCGUGAACGUACGCGCCGUGGACCUUCGGGCACCAUUACGGACGGUAGCCGCAACCGACCUGUCUCGGAUGAAGCACCUAGUUCGAGUGAAGGAGAAGGCAUCACGGUAGAUAUCGAAGUGUGA